AUGGCACCUUCAAAAUGGGCUUCUCUCUCUCUGUUGGUUUUAAUACUCACUUCAUCCCUUUCCCUCUACUCUGCUGCAAGACUGUUACAAGAGGAUACUGAUAGGUCAAAUGGUAAAGAUACAUUUACUGAAAAGAUAUCAGAAACAGGACAUAGUUUCGGAAAAAGCUUUGGCUACGGCAAUGGGGGAGGUAGAGGAGGGGGUAGUGGUUACUUGAGAAUGCACAUCUUCAACCCCGCCAUCCCUGGUUUUGGUAUUGCACGUUUCCCAGGCUUUCAUGUUCCCAUUAUUUCUCAUGGUAGAGGAGGAGGUCAAGGUUGGGGCAAUGGUUUGCCUAUAAAUGGUCAGGGUUGGGGUAGUGGUUUUGGAGGAAGUGGAAGCGGUCAGGGUUGGGGUAUAGGUGGUUCAGGUGGAGGAAGUGGGAGUGGUUGGGGAAGUGGAGGUGGAGGGGCUGGUCAAGGUUGGGGUAGUGGUGGUUUCGGUGAAGGCAGUGGAAGCGGAGGCUGGGGUAGCGGUUCUGGAGGAGGAAGUGGAAGUGGUGAAGGUUGGGGUGGCGGUGGUUUUGGUGAAGGAAGUGGUCAAGGUUGGGGUAGUGGUGGCUAUGGAGGUGGUGAAGGCUGGGGGAGUGGUGAAGGUGGCUGGGGCGGUGGAGGCGGUGGAAGUGGUGGCUAUGGGAGUGGUUAUGGAGGAGGCAGUGGCUGGGGCAGUGGAGGAGGCAACGGCUGGGGCAGUGGAGGAGGUGGCAUGGGAUGGUAUCCUGGAUACGGAGGGGGUGAAGGAAUGGGAGGGUAUCCUGGAUACGGAGGGGGUGAAGGAUGGGGCUGGGGUGGGGGCAGUGGUUGGAAACUUCUUGAUGGAGACCAUUACACACAAGCUGGGGAUGGCUUCUCUAUACAGCCUCCCUACUUUGACAAUUUGUUUGAUUCUGCUACACCUACAAAGGGGCAACCCCUGGGCUCCCAGCAUUCAAACAGAAGGAAUGAGGACAAUUUACAUGGUGACUGA